CUCCGCCUCUGUCACUUCCCUGAUCCAUCUCUUUGUUUAUUAAUCACAUUUCUCUCUCUCUGUAUCUUCCCCCCAACGCAACUACGCACACAUAUUUCUAUAACCCUUUUGCAUUUGUCUCUUACUCAUUUCCGAAUCAAAUUUUGAUUUCUAGCUCUUUGUCUUCACAUCUUUCUUCUCUAAUUUCACCCCCAAAUUGGGUUUCCAAGGUUCCCACUAAAAUCACUUCUUCGUCUUCGCUUUAGGGCUUUCUCUUUCUUCAUCUUCUUCAUCUGUGUAUCCAUGGACGCUUCUUGUGAUCUCGAAGUUGAUGUUAAUGGCGAAGAAACGUUCUUCAUUCAUGAGGCCUCUCGAUUAGAGAUUAAUUUUGACUUUCUUGGUCAAAGUUGCAAAGAAUUUUAUUUGAAGGGGAAGAAUCGGAUACUUUUUCUACAUUAAAAUCAUAUCGUCAUAUUGCGGAAAAAUACGAAAAUUAUUCGCUAAAUCCAAAGGCCCGACAAAAAAUCUCAAAGUUAUAUUCAACGAUUUCCCCGGAGGUCCCGAAAGUUUCGAGCUUGUUUCAAGGUUUUGCUACAACAAGGGCAAAAUCGUAAUUAACCCCUAUACCUCACCUCGCCUAUUCCGCGCCGCACAUUAUAUGGAAAUGAACGAAAAGGUUAGUGGGUCCCACAAUUUGCUCGAGAAAACCGAGAAAUCCCUUGAAGAAAUCAAGUUUUGGAGUUGGAUCGAGCUUCUUUCUGCUUUAAAGUAUGUUGCUAUUUCUUCAAAAAUCCUUCAAAAAUGUUUGGAUUCUUUAGUAGCGCGACUCAUUUUCGCCGAAUUGAGCCUUUCUUGUCCAUCGAUUUCAUCGCCUGAAAGCUCGGCUCUUCGGUUAUCAACCGAUAGCAAAAGCACCGAGAGUGGUCAAACUCGUUUCUUGCGGUCAACAUGGUGGUUUGAAGAUUUGGUCAACGUUUUGACUCCCGAUUUGGUCAAACCAUUGGUCAAAUCGAUCAUUUUUCAUAAUUUUGAUCACGGGGUUACAAGUAGGUUUCUUGUUUACUAUCAUAAAUCAAGAUUUAUCACCGCGAGUCCCGAAGAAAAACGAGAAAUAACGGAAACGGUCAUCGAUAGUUUGUGUUUGCUUGAUCAAAACUCAAACUCAAAUUCAAACUCGGUUUCUUGCAAGAAUUUAUUCGGGAUUCUAAGGGUUUCUUCGAAUUUAAACAUUAGUAAAAUCUCGAAGAACAAUUUGGAGCGUAUGAUUGGGUCCCGCUUGGAUCAAGCGACUCUAGAUGAUCUUCUUGUUCCGUCUCCACACGGGUCGAAUUAUCUUUAUGAUGUUAAUUUAGUUUUACAGUUGUUGAAGUAUUUCUUGGCCGGAAAAGGCGGCGGCGGUGGUGGUUGUUUGGCCGGAAAAAGUGGCGGUGAGGUGGCGGUUUGUGAUAUGAAGAAAGUUGCUCGAUUGAUAGAUUUGUAUGUUGCAGAAGUAGCUCCGGAUCCCCGUUUGAAACCCUAUAAGUUUUUGGCACUUUUAAAGAUCCUUCCGGAAUGUUCUAGAGACUCGUAUGAUGAAAUGUACCAUGCCAUCAACAUUUAUCUUCAGGUUCACAUGGGUUUAUCGGAUGAAGAAAAGACGAACAUAUGCGCUAGUCUCAACUACGAAAAACUUUCAUCCGAAAUAUGCAAUCAUGUUAUGCAAAAUGAGAAAUUUCCGUCAAAAAUUACGAAAUUAGCCCUUAAAGCUCAACAAGUGAACCUUGAAAAUUUGUUUCUUGACAUUGACAUACAAAAACGGUUUGCCCUUCCACCUUGUGAAACCGAAACAAAAGAUGGGAGGCAUGGUCAAGUUGUACUCUAUGCUAAACAAGUUGUACCACAUGGAGGAAAAAUGGAUAUUGUGAAUGAAAAUGAGAAGAUGAGAGCACAUUUAGAAGGAAUGCAAUGGAGGGUGAUUGAAUUAGAGAAAGUUUGUAAGAAAAUGCAAACACAAAUGACCAAAAUCUUGAAAUCAAGAUUGUCUAGACAAAAUAGUGCUAAAUCUUUGCCAAGGCUUUGCUCUUGAUAAUGUUUUUUAUUUUUCAAAUAUUUUUUAGUAAAUAAUAUGAAAAAAUGCCCUA